CCAGCUUCCAAGUUAUGGAUAUCAGCUGGGUCAUGAGUCUGAGCAUGGAGGUUACGUAGAAUGAUAUUAUUGUAGAUAAUGUCCGCGGGAUUAUCAAAGACCAUUGUCGAAAUUGCAGACAUCAAAAACACGAUUCUGUGAAGAACUCCACGAACCAAGGCAAGCCAGGCCACUGAAUCCUCCCGCCAUUGGUUGCUCAUCAUCUUCCUCUCUGUUCAUUUCUCAACCCAAAACCCAAAGCUAAAUUUGACGACAACUUCCCAUGAAUUCCGUAUUUUACAACCCAAAUGGGACCGUCAGUUUUUCAGCUCAACCGUCAUCAGUCCUCCCAAGAUCAAUAACAUCAUGCAAAACAGCCAGAGACUUGAAGCAACUCCACGCUGUUUUCAUCAAAACUGGUCAAAUUCAAGACCCUCUUACGGCCGCUGAAGUGAUCAGAUUCUGUGCAUUUUCUUCGCGACGCGAUAUCGAUUAUGCCCGCGCGGUCUUCCAUCAGAUGCCGGAACCCAAUUGCUUCUGUUGGAACACCGUUUUGAGAGUUCUUGCUGAGAGCAACGACGAGCAUCACCAAUCGGAGGCUUUGAUGCUCUUUCGCGGGAUGUUGUGCGAUGGGCGUGUGAAGCCCAAUCGGUUCACUUUCCCCUCCGUGUUGAAGGCCUGCGCUAGAGCUUCGAGGCUUCGAGAGGGGAAACAGGUACAUGGGUUGAUUGUGAAGUUUGGGUUUGAUGGGGAUGAGUUUGUAAUUAGUAAUCUCGUUCGGAUGUAUGUUAUGUGUGCGCUCAUGGAAGAUGCGUAUUCUCUGUUUUGUAAGAGUGUUGUUGAUUUUGAUGGGUCUUGUCAAAUGGAAGUAGAUAAGAGGAGACAAGAUGGGAAUGUUGUUUUGUGGAAUAUAAUGAUUGAUGGCCAUGUUAGACUCGGGGAUUUCAGAAGUGCUAGAAACCUGUUCGACGAAAUGCCUCAAAGAAGUGUGGUAUCGUGGAAUGUGAUGAUAUCGGGUUAUGCACAAAAUGGGCAUUUCAUAGAGGCCAUAAACAUGUUUCAAGAAAUGCAAAUUUCCAAUAUUGAUCCAAACUAUGUGACUUUGGUGAGUGUUUUGCCUGCCAUUUCACGAAUAGGUGCACUAGAAUUGGGGAAAUGGAUCCAUUUAUAUGCAGGAAAGAAUAAGAUUGAGAUCGAUGAUGUGCUUGGUUCUGCUCUGGUGGACAUGUAUUCCAAAUGUGGGAGCAUUGAGAAGGCACUUCAGGUCUUUGAGAGGCUGCCUAAGAGAAAUGCCAUUACUUGGAAUGCCAUAAUCAGUGCAUUUGCGAUGCAUGGUCGCGCAGAGGAUGCAAUCGAUUACUUCCAUUUGAUGGAAAGAGCUGGUGUGACACCCAAUGAUGUUGCUUAUAUUGGAAUUUUGAGUGCCUGCAGCCAUGCGGGGCUUGUGGAAGAGGGUAGAUCAUUCUUCAGCCACAUGGUUAAGGUGGUUGGGUUACAACCAAGAAUUGAACACUAUGGAUGCAUGGUCGAUUUACUAGGCCGUGCUGGACAUUUGGAAGAGGCUGAGGAACUUAUCAAAAACAUGCCAAUGGCACCAGAUGAUGUAAUAUGGAAAGCUUUGCUUGGUGCUUGUAAGAUGCACAAGAACAUAGAAAUGGGUGAGCGUGUGGCUGAGAUUUUAAUGGAGUUGGCUCCUCAUGACAGUGGAUCCUAUGUUGCUCUGUCAAAUAUGUAUGCUUCAUUGGGAAAUUGGGAGGCAGUUGCAGGGGUGAGGAUGAAGAUGAAAGGGAUGGACAUUAGAAAAGACCCUGGGUGUAGUUGGGUUGAGAUCCAUGGAAUAAUCCACGAGUUUCUCGUAGAAGACGAUUCCCAUCCUAGAGCCAAAGAAAUCCAGGCCAUGUUGGAAGAAAUGUCCAUGAAGUUAAGGUUGAAUGGCUACAGACCAAACACCUUAGAAGUGUUUCUCAAUGCGGAUGAAGAACACAAGGCAAGGGCCUUGCAGUAUCACAGUGAGAAGAUUGCAGUUGCCUUUGGACUAAUCAGUACAGCCCCACAAUAUCCACUUAAGAUUGUUAAGAACCUACGUAUAUGUGAAGAUUGUCAUGCUUCAUUAAAGCUUAUCUCCUUGAUUUACAAGCGUCGAAUCAUCGUGCGGGACAGAAAACGAUUCCAUCAUUUUGACCAUGGCUCAUGUUCAUGUAUGGAUUAUUGGUAACUUCUCAGAGGCAAAUGACCAUCGUCUUUUGCACAGAACUGUAGAAGAUCGAGUAGUCAUUGUGAAGAUCAUAAGGAAAAGUAAUGUGGAUGCUUCCAUCAUGCUGAACAAAAUCUAUCAAAAGGAAAAUUGUGUUGCUGAUUUCUGAAAUGAAGGGAAGCACAAAAGCUGUGGGGAAAACUUUUUAGCAAAGUGAAAGCAACAAGCAUGAAGUUUUGGCAUCAUUAUUCAGGAUUUUUCGAUAGAUGGAUAUGAUGUUUGUCAGAGCAAUCCCAACAUAUGCGAAUUUCAACAGAGAGCUUUUGUAUCAGGGCAAGCAAGGGUGGCCCACAGCCGAAAGAAGAAACACAACUCUGCAUGUGAGCUCCAUCAACCUGACUCUACACUUUCACACACCUACCGUUGAUCUUCAUCACCAUUCCCAAUUAAAAGAUCAUGGGGACAUGUUUCGAGUGAUGAAAGGCUGCUCCUCUGCAACUAUCCGUUUAAAAGGACGAAACUUGGUGAGCUGCUCCAUGGGAAAUCUUUCUUUCCUCUAUCUCCACACCAAAUUUGAUAAAACCCAAAAAGAAAAAUACAACAAAAUGAACUGAAAAUAUGCAAAUUUCAAGGGCAAGCGUGCAGAAAAAACAGAUGAAAAAUACAGAAAAACACAGCAAAUAAUUUAAAUAAUACAUUUCAGGUCUGCCUUUCCAAGAUGCUAUUAAUCUGUCUGAUAUUUGUCUUGUACAAUCGGACGGUGGAGAAUAUGGGAGGAAGCGUAAAUGGACUAUCAGUUCAUUCAUAGUCAACAGUCUGUCAGCUUUUCCAGCAAAAAAAAAAGCUCUCUUGGUGGUU